AAGAAAAAGAUAAUGGUCACAAAUUUCUCUGCAUGAACUGAGUGUCUUCACUCCAUCUGCAGCCCCGGAGACGUUCAGCUGUGUUGCCCCAUCACAGCUGACCGAGAGCUGCUCUGCAGAAGAAUCGCCAAACAGAACGAACAGCAGAAAGGUGGACCUUGCCGUGAGAUGAAGUGACCAUUUAUCUUCUUUUCCAGUCAAACAUCUUCAGCAUGGACAACGACUCUUACUACUACAGCCCCGACUACACAUCACCUUGCUCGGCUACGCUGGAGGAUUUAGACAGCACUGGCAUUGCGGUCAGCUAUGUGAUCGUGUUCCUCCUCAGCCUGCUGGGCAACAGCGUGGUGAUCUACGUGGUGUGUUUAAUGGGAAGCCGCAAGACCUCCACAGACGUCUACCUGAUGAACCUGGCCCUGGCUGACCUGCUCUUCUCCCUCACGCUGCCCUUCUGGGCCGUCUACAUCCAAUCUUCCAGCUGGGUUUUCGGGACCUUCCUCUGCAAGGUGGUCUCGGGUCUGCAGGAGACCACGUUCUACAGCUGCGUCUUCCUCCUGGCCUGCAUCAGCGUCGACCGCUACAUGGCCAUCGUCAAGGCCACCCAGUUCAUCUCCAAACAGCGGCACCUGGUGCGGAUCAUAUGCGGACUGGUGUGGCUGGGAGCCUUCAUGCUGUCGCUGCCUGUGGUGGUGCAGCGCGAGGCUCUGCAAAUAGAAGGCUACAAUGCCGUGAUGUGUUACGAGAACGUGACGGCUGAAAUCCUGGACGAGUGGCGCAUGGCUCUGAGGAUUCUCCGCCACACGCUGGGCUUCUUCCUGCCUCUGGUGGUCAUGCUGCUCUGCUACGGCUGGACGGUGGGCACCCUCUUCCACUCCCGCAACAGCCAGAAGCACAAGGCCAUGCGGGUCAUCCUCUGCGUAGUUUUGGCCUUCAUGGUCUGCUGGCUCCCCAACAACAUCAUGGAGCUCAUCGACACACUCAUGCGGGGAAGCUUUAUAGAGGAUACAUGUGAACUCCGAAACAAAGUGGACAUGGCCAUGUAUGUCACUCAAGUUUUGGCCUUCAUUCAUUGUGCCAUAAACCCCAUACUGUACGCUUUCAUUGGCAAGAAGUUCAGGAACCAACUCAUCAUGUCUUUCUUCAAGAAGGGCCUGGUGGGAAGAGAGGUGCUCUCCCGGUACCGAAUCGGCUCCCUCUACAGCUCGGGAAGCUCCAGGCAUACGUCGGUCACACUGUAGGAUGUCAGGAACGGAAACAUUAGAGACAAAGCUUACAGCUGCAAGCGGCAAUUAUAGGGUUCCAAGCACUUUGGGAAACCCGGUUUAGUUACUGCUAUACAACCUGACGUGCAACUUCAUUAUAACCACCUAAGUAGCUGUUAUGUAGUCACUGUAUGACACACAGCUUUGCAUCACACCCCCAGAAGAUUAUCUUAGAAACAAGCUACACGUUUCAAGUUUGUCAAGUUUCAAGUUCAUUUGUCGUUUGCACAACAUGUCAGCACAUUUAUGCAUUGAAAUGCUUGUGGUGAGGCUCGGAGAGAUUUACAGACAGUAAAUAAGUAAAAAUAAACUGAAAUAUAUUAAAUGUACACAAAAUAUACAGACGAUAUACAUUUAAAGUGGCUUACGGGACUCAGUGUUGUUGUUCUUUAAAGUGGCUUAGUGUUGAGGUGUUAUUGUCCACAGCAGAGUGUGGACAAUAGUGAAGUUGUGACUGGGGAUGGACACUCAGCUUCACAGCUUGUUCAGAAGCCUGACAGCCUGUGGGUGAGAAACCGUUCGUUAGCCGGGUCGCUCUAGCCUGUUCUCCAAACUCAAAUGUGGGAGCUGCAAAGUAAUCGUAGCAAGAAAUGUCCAAAAAAAACAAACACAAAAAGAAGCAUUUGUUUUAAAGUUUGGUCAAAAAGUGUUUUCAAACGAUCUCUUGCUUUGCUUUGUCUGUAAUACUGCAGUUAGUAGAGCUUGUACAUUGUGCUGUAUAUACUAGGACUCAAUAAAUGUCUCUUUGAAAUGA